AUGCAGCACGUGACGGCUGAGCGAGGAACGUUGCUUGUGUGUGCCGACUCUGCGGUAAAGCAGUUUGUACUCUCGCUUGACGUGGGUGAGGCUGAGGACUCAUGGGUUCUCGCUGAUCUGGACGACGUCCAUCUGGUGGUCGACUCGUCCGAGGUCAAGCGCAUCCGCAACAAGCUCCGUGACCUCCUUGACGAGAACCAUGUCAAAGCGCCAGGGCUUGGUGGCGCCGAUGAGUGA